CAAAACUUUUUUCCUCAGCACUGCCCUCAGUAGGAGCACCGGGGAGCAGUGGGUGUAAUGCCGGUGAACGUGUGGUCGCUGUGUCCGCAGCCGGAGCGCUCUCUCUGCGGUUCCACAGUGACAGAAAGGCGCUGAGGUGAAGAGCACGCGCUCUCUCUAUGUUGAAGGACUGCAGCUCGCAGAGAAGUGGCUGGCCGGAGCCCGUCAGCAUGCGGGUCCUGUUGAGUGUCCUGUACCCUGUCCUUUCCCUGACCAUCUUCGGAUUAUAUCCCUCCAUGACUAUCGGCCCAAAGGAAGGCUGGCAGGUUUACAGCUCGGCCCAGGAUGCUGACGGGCGUUGUAUCUGCACAGUGGUGGCACCAGAACAGAGUCUGUGCUCCAGAGAUGCCAAGAGCAGACAGCUCCGUCAGCUACUAGAGAAGGUGCAGAACAUGUCUCAGUCCAUUGAGGUGCUGAACCUGCGAACUCAGAGGGAUUUCCAAUAUGUCAUGAAGAUGGAGAACCAGAUGAAGGGCCUGAGGACCAAGUUCAGACAGAUUGAGGAUGACAGGAAAUCCAUCAUGGCCAGAAACUUCCAGGAGCUUAAGGACAAGAUGGACGAGCUGAAGCCGCUGAUCCCCGUGCUGGAGCAGUACAAGAUGGAUGCUGCACUCAUCUCCCAGUUCAAGGAGGAGAUCAGGAACCUGUCGGCCGUGCUGACAAGUAUCCAGGAGGAACUUGGGGCCUAUGACUAUGACGAGCUAUAUCAGCGAGUCCUGCGAUUGGACAGCAGGCUUCGCAGCUGCAUGGGCAAACUAACAUGUGGGAAAUUAAUGAAAAUCACUGGACCUGUAACAAUAAAGACAUCUGGAACCCGGUUUGGGGCAUGGAUGACUGAUCCUCUAGCAGCCACCAGAAACAACAGGGUUUGGUACAUGGACAGUUACACCAACAGCAAGAUUGUGCGCGAGUACAAGACAAUGGACGACUUUGUGACAGGCGUGGUCUCUCGGACCUACAGCCUGCCGUUUAAAUGGGAGGGAACCAAUCAUAUGGUCUACAACGGAUCGCUCUACUACAACAAGUACCAGAGCAACAUUAUUGUCAAGUACAGCUUUGAGACGGGCAGCGUGCUGGCCCAGAGGGCCUUGGAGUUUGCAGGCUUCCACAACAUGUACCCAUAUACGUGGGGAGGAUACUCUGACAUUGACGUAAUGGCGGACGAGCUGGGUAUGUGGGUUGUGUACGCGACCAAUCAAAAUGCUGGAAAUAUUGUCGUCUCCCAGAUCGACUCCGACACCCUGCAGGUCCUGCAGACAUGGAACACCGAAUAUUCCAAAAGGAAUGCAGGCGAAUCAUUCAUGAUCUGCGGGACACUCUAUAUCACCAACUCCCACCUAUCAGGAGCAAAGGUUUACUACGCUUAUUCUACCAAGACUUCAUCUUACGAGUACAUAGACAUCCCGUUCCACAACCAGUACUUUCAUAUUUCCAUGCUUGACUACAACGCCAGAGAGAGAGCACUGUACGCGUGGAACAACGGACACCAGGUCAUAUUUAACGUCACCCUCUUUCAUGUCAUAAAAACCGACGAUGACUCUUAGACGUCGCAUUACUUUUCCAACGGUCACAGCUAAAGCACCAUAUGUGAUACAAGGACCACGCAAUAAACAGUGGUCACACUGAACUAUGGUAUCUCUGAUUUGUGGCUCUACAUUUAUGGAUUGAGCAUGGACACUAAUGACUUGACAUCUUAGUGGAAAACAUUUUUGUCACACUUCUUUUCAUUUGCUGCUGCUCAGACUGGUUUGCCUUAUUUGAUGUGUUGGCUCUGCCGGCCAAAGAGUCUUGGUAGCUUAUGCAUGUUUGCAUUUUAUCUGUGAUUUCCAGUGACAUGUACAGUAUGUGUUUUUGUUGCAGAUCUGUUUUGCUAACAGCGUUUGCAUUUUUGCCUAUUUAAAACCCUAUUUAAAAAAAAAAAAUAUUUAAAACUGAAAGACAACCUCCUGCAUAUUUGAUGAUUGUAACAUGUAGUAUGCAGUCAUUUAAAGAUGGGCCUGUAAAAAAUUGCUGUAACGUAUGUCUCUGUGGAAAAAACAUUUGUAUUUUUUAUAAAAAGAAAAACCCAUUGAACAUUUUCAUUAAAAUAAAAAUAUACUGUACAUUUCAUUAAAA